CUUUCCCAACCAGCAAUUCAGAAAACGAGGACAUCCUGGAUCUCUUGAGUUCCAUAAGAGCAAAGUAUAGGAAACUGUGUGCUUUGUACAAAUUUAAUACUAUUAUUACAACUUCGGCGAAACUGUCAUUCUGAUAAACCUACAUUUUUAAAAUGGCGCUUCGAGCGAAAUUAGGUGAAGUUAUAGAGUUUUUUAAUAGGUUCUCGCAAUUAGCAAAUUGUCAUUUGGUAAAUUUCAUCACUGAAGAUCUUUGGGACACAUGUGUACCAGAGGAAUUAAAGAGUGAGAUCGAGUAUGUGGGAAUAGACAGUGCAUUGAGUUUGUUUUGGGACUCGAAAAGAGACUCUGUAUCAAGCAUGUUCCAUCUCAGUAAAUACUUGAUGGAAGCCAACAAGAUGUCAACUGGUAUUUUGAACGAUAUUUGCUUAUCACCUUCUGAUCUUAGGAGCAAGAUUAUAUCUUGGGGAACUAGUUCUCAGAGUAUUCCACAGCUUAAUCAGUUUAUGUCCCCCAAAAAGGCACAUGAAGUUGAAAUAAUGAGUGAACUGGUUGCUGCACUUUCAAAAGUGGCUGGUACAAGCCACAUUGUUGAUGUUGGUAGUGGGAAAGGCUACUUGACCUCUCUGCUUGCAUUACAUCACAGUCUGAAAGUGUUAGGAGUUGAUUCUUCUUCAGUCAAUACACAUGGGGCAACUAAACGGACCCAGAAAUUACAGAAAGCUUGGAGACCAGCCUUAAUAAAAGUGGAGAAGCCUCAAACAGAGAAGACUCAAAUUCGUCAUGGAAAGCAUUGGAAAGCUAAGAUGCAAGCUGAUGCCUCAACUUCUCAAAAUCAGCAACUGAGUGAGACUGAAAAUCUUGAGUCCAGUGAGGGUGUAUUUGCUUUGUACAAGCAAGCAACAGCAUAUAUCUCUGAAGAAACUGAUUUAGCUGCCCUUGUGACAGAACAUUUUGGUAGCUAUGAUUCUUGCAGUAAUAUUCUUUUAACAGGGCUGCACACUUGUGGUAAUCUGGCACCUGCUUGCCUACAGUUGUUUGUAAGGGAGAAUAAUGUAAGUGCAGUGUGCAAUGUUGGUUGCUGUUAUCAUCUUCUUGAGGAACACUUUUGUGAAAAUCCAUUUCCAAAAAGACUUUUGUGUGAUAGCGAACACAAACUGUACCAUGGGUUUCCAUUGAGCCAAUAUUUGAUAAGAAAAAAAUUUGUUCUGGGGCGCAAUGCCAGGAUGCUGUCAGCGCAGAGCGUGCAAAGGAUCUCAGUAAAAAGAGAGGUACCAGUUGAGCCUUUGUGGUAUCGCUCUCUCUUACAAGUACUGUUGGUGGAAAAAUGUAGACACAAUCUGCCAGAAGGGCAAGUGGGCCGUUUAGCAGCGAAAUGUAAUAGCUUUCCAGAGUAUGUGUCCAAAGCAUUGACAAAACUAGGAGUAGCGUCUGAGGUUUCAUUGAAUGAAAUAGAAAGUCUUUAUAAGAGUCAUCAGUCACACCAACAGAAGCUCUCAGUAUUCUUCAUGCUCCGUGCAGUAUUAGCUCCUGUGAUUGAAACAAUAAUUUUGCUGGAUCGUCUCCUUUACCUCCAUGAACAGGGAAUUGCAGAUGCUCAUCUAGUGCAACUGUUUGAUCCGGUCACAUCACCAAGGUGUUAUGCAGUUCUAGCCAUAAAACAGAGCAAACUGGAAGUCAAUACUUCAUAAACAAUGGGUUCAAUGUUAAACCUUAUUUAUGCAAAACAUGUCUUCUCGUGUUCUGAUUGUGCGUUGUGGACUCAAUUUUCUGGACGGAUUCAGAAAAAUUCUUUUUGUUAUCAUAUUUCCAAAUGAUGUAGUUAUAUAACUGUUCAAGAUCAAUUUUGUUUUUUAAGUAAAAUGAUUUCAGUGAGAAAGAGUGGGCCAUGAGAGAGUUAACAGCUGUGGUAUUCUUGAAGGGUCACAUUUUAUCACUUAGUGAAAAAAGAGAGAAAGGGGAAGCAGGAAGUGAUUCAUAAUAACAUACUCAUUCCAUGUGAAGAACAGAUAUGGACAGAAAUUUGUUUGUCUUUGCAGCGGUCCUCUUGAUACUGACUAAAUUUCAGUUUAAUCACACUGAAGAGAACCAUUCUAAAAUAUCUCAGAUGUCAGAUUUAUAGUUAUUCUGCUGUUUCAUAAUGAUGAGGCAAAACAACCAAAGGGGUUUUAUUCAAACUGACACUGGCUGUGGAAGCCUGUGUUCUCGCUUUAAACAGAUUUUUGAUAAUGCAGGAUGAUCUAGCCUGGAACCCUUUUAUUUUCUGUACUGUAUUUUAAGUAUUCUUUCACACACUGCAUCAUAAGACUUUAUUUUAAUCUUCAUU